AAAAUGAUGUUUUUUGUUUAAAUUGAGCGCGUCGUGUUUGGUUAUUUUCGCGUCAUUGUGUUGGUGCUUCCGAAAUCGAUAACUCGAUUGUAGUGAGUGCGUCUAAUGCCGGUGUUUGUGUGAUCGAAUUGACUAUAUAAUGGCAAGAGGCGGGAUUAGAGGCAGAGGAGGAAUGAAUCGUGGAAUUGGAAGACCCCCAUACAAAGUGAAAAUGUUUCUACCCCGACACCCUUUCGAUUUGGCUCUUUGUGAAUCGUCUUUUCCACGUGUAAAACCAGCACCUGAUGAAACAGCCUUCACCCAGGCUUUAUUAAAACGAAAUGUCGAUUUAUCACCCACGCCGGCGGAACAAACGGCUAUUCUCAACCUGGUUACGAAAAUACAAACGGUUUUGGAUAACCUCGUCGUGGCCCCCGGCGCAUUCGACGCUUGUCAAUUGGAGGAGGUCCGCCAGGUGGGUUCGUUCAAGAAAGGCACGAUGGUAACCGGUCACAACGUGGCCGACAUAGUCGUAAUUUUGAAGACUUUGCCCACACGAGAAGCCGUCGAGGCCCUCGGUAACAAAGUGAAAGAAGACUUGAAGAAUUUGAUGAAGAGUGAAGUGGUGACCAAAGGCGAGCAACUCAACCACACGACCAACGAACGCGGCAUUGAAAUCAGCAAUAGUUUUGCUUGUGUCCGCGUAAUGGUGACCACCUUGCACCACAACAUCCGUAAAUUGGACCCCGAGAUCCACUUGGACCAAAAAAUCAUGUUGAGCCACUUGGCGGCUAUCCGACAUAGCCGUUGGUUCGAGGAAAACGCUCAUCAUUCAUCAAUUAAAGUGUUGAUUCGGUUGUUGAGAGACAUUCGGUCGAGGUUUGAGGGUUUCGAGCCGUUGACUCCAUGGAUGUUGGAUUUGUUGGCGCAUUUCGCUAUUAUGCAUAAUCCUAGUCGACAGGCGUUGCCCAUUAAUGUCGCAUUUCGGAGGGUUUUUCAGUUGUUGUCAGCGGGGCUGUUUCUACCAGGAUCGGCGGGGAUUACUGAUCCUUGCGAAGGGGUCAGUUUGCGGAUUCACACAGCGAUGACGUUGGAACAGCAAGAUAUUUGUUGUUUGACAGCGCAGACUUUGUUAAGGGUGUUGUCACAUGGGGGGUACAAACACAUCCUAGGAUUAGAAGGGAAUGCGUCAAUCGCUAAGGAAAUGUCGGUUUGGGAUGGGGUGGUGGUGUCACCACUGGACAAAGCCUACGAGAACCCCCCAGAGAAGAAGGAAGGGGAGGAAGAGGACGAGGAUAUGGAAGCCGAAGGGGAUGAAAGUAUGGAAACGAUUGAUAAUUAGUGUAUAUUUAAUGAAAAUAUAAUCGUAAUUUCUAAAGACAUUUAUUUGGGAUUAUGUUGGGUGUUGAUAUGGUGGCAAAACACUCUAGGGUUGGGCCCACUGGGGACUGGAAUCCGGAACAGUUUCCCUUCAGGCAUACAAACGCAAACUUUGUAUUGAGAAGUGACAUAGUUGGUAUUCCUGACUGUCGCAAUAGGGAUUCUCCUAACAUCGAUAAAAGUCCCAUCGUUUCCGCUCAAAACAAUCGAUCCGUUGUUAGUUUUCAAAUAAAUGUCUUGAUCAGCG